AUGGGUGGUCCUCCUACACAGAAGAUCCAAAGAGGAAGAGGACCCUGCACGCCAUGUGACCUGCCUGAAGACAAUGUAGAAAAAAAAAUGGCUGUCUCAUACUGUAAGAUUCUGUCGGCCAUUUUGAGUCGUGUCAUUUUCACGGUGCAUGGCUUUCUUUUGGUAUGGCAAGUGGUAUUGGUAAAACACAACCCUCAUUACUGGAUGCUGGUGAUCGGUCUUCUGUUGCUGUAUGUGGAAAUGGUGCUCACAAUAACCAUAACCAGGAAAGGAGAAUGGAAAUGGUUUAGUCCUAUGGUCUUUCUGUACCUGGCAUCUGUCAUACCUUCUGUAUUCAUUUUGGAACUUGAGUAUCUCCAAACUCGAACCUUGAUGAGCAAUUCCUCAACAAGCAUUGUGUAUGUACCAGGGGUAUCAAAUUUUAAACCAUCGUUUCAAUGGCUAGAAGCCCUUGAGCAGGUCAUGGUUUUGGUCCUGGUUAUAACACGCUGGCUGAUGCCAAAAGGGGAGAUGAGCAGAGACCAACUCUCUCAACUACUACUAAUCUAUAUCGGAUUAGGUGCAGAUCUCCUGGAUAUUCUUUUAUUGAUCAAAGAACCAUCUGUUGCGACCAACCAGUUUGUGACCAUCGUGGGACUCAGCCUUUUCAGCUGGGCAGUUUUGCAUUUUACGCUGGUUCUCACAGCCGGACCUGCUGCAACACCAGAGGAGACAGAGAAUGAUUGUAAUCCACAGUCACCUAACAGAAGUGAGAGCUGUGCUUCCUCCUGCUGUACCAGUGAAGUAUGGAGUCUACUUAUUGCGGUGUUGAUGCAAGAUGGACCCUUUCUCAUCUUUCGUCUUUACCUGACCAUCAAAGAGGGUGUGCUCAAUGAGAUGAUGAUUUUCUUCAUCUGCAAAAAUAUAUUGACAGUCUUCCUGGAAAUAUACCGGAUUGCUGUGAUUCAAUAUGCAGAUAGUAAAAGCAGAAAGGGAAAAUGA